AUGGGCAUAAGUAAUGGUGAUGACUUACCCAACAAAAUGCAGCGUACAAUUUAUACUCAAGAGUGCAUGGAAGGUCUGCUUCAAGACCUUCUUGAUCCAUCUAGGAUGACCUCCGCCACAAAAACUUUAAAAGCCGUUUUAAAAAAUCCAGAGCAUUUGAUUCUGGUUGCUAACUGCCUUGAAUCCUCACCUCACCAAAGUGUUCGCCAAAUGGCCUGCUCUGUAUUGAGGGAGCGUUUAAAGUCCCUGUGGCCUAAGCUUAACUCAGACCUUCGACAGAAACUAAAAACUUUUAUGUUACCUACGAUUCUUAAGGAGCCAGUAGCAGCAGUAAGAUCAAGUAUUUCCUCUCUUAUUUCCUUGAUAGUAAAACAUGAACUUCCUAGGAAUAGUUGGCCAGAAUUUAUUAACUGGGUAGAUCUUAUUGUGCAAUCUUCUAACGUAGCACACCGGGAAAUUGGUCUGAUGCUUCUCAGCAGUCUUUGUGAAUAUAUGCCUAAACUUCUUCGCCCUCUGUACUCCAGUUUGUUUUCCCUCUUUAGCCGUUGUUUUGAGGAAAAGGAAUCCUUAUUGAUCCCGUUUUAUGCUAUAGAAGCAAUUACUUUUAUUCUUCCUGAGCUCGAAUCUACUGAAUAUAAUUACUUCGAAACUAUUAUUAUUCCAGUUGUUACUACAGUUAAGCGUCUUAUAGUAAAUGAUGAAGAUCAAGCCCUCAAAGCAUUUGAUUUCUUCGAUAGCUUAUUUGAUUCUGAGGUUGCUCUUGAAGCGGUUAACAUUGUUCCAUUGGUUCAUUUUUUUCUCGAAGUGGCCUCCGAAAAAUCUUAUUCCAUUGAAAUUCGCAUCUCUUCUUUGGCUCAUAUAGUUUAUCUAGUAAAUAACUGCAAGAAGUACAUUUUAAAGCAUAAAUUGGUCGAACCCAUUCUCUCCAUAGUUUUUCCGUUACUCGCGGAACCAUACGACUUUGAUGACGAGGAGAUGUGCCCUUCUGAGUACGCAGCUGAAUUGCUUGAUUCUCUUGCGGUUAAUUUUGCUCCUUCACUUGUAGCCACGCCCACUUUACAUAUGGUGAGUACUUUUUCUUCUUCUCCCGUCCCUGAAAACCGUUUAGCUGCUCAGCUUGCUUUAAGUUCUAUUGUUGAAGGCUGCUCGGAUCAUUUGAGAACUCAACUGGAUAGUUUACUUCCUUUUGUUAGCUUAGGCCUUAAAGAUACUGAAAAAAAGAACAGAAAAACUUCUUGUAUGACUAUAAUAAAGUUUGCGAGGCACCUUCAGCCUGAAAUUAGCAAGUAUCACGCGGAUAUCCUCCCUCAAAUUCUUUUGCUUUUAAAUUCCUCUACUGACGAUCUUAAAGAAAAAGCUUGCAUUGCACUGGAAAGUUUUUGUUUAAAUCUAAAAGAUGAGUUAAAGUUAUACUUGCCGACUAUAAUGAGUAGACUACAAGAAUUACUGCAUCAGUCUCCCCGAACGCUUCGCGAGGCGGUUCUUUACGCAAUUGGGUCUGCAGCGACUGCUGCCAAGGAGGAUUUCCAACCUUUUUUCCCGCCAAUUUACAACGAUCUUUUAUGCUUGAUGCGGGAUACCGAAGAAGAAAAUAUAACGCUAAGAGCGAAUGCUACCGAUGCACUGGGGGCCAUUAUUAGCGCUCUGGGGAAAAACAAUGUCAAUCAGUUUAUUGGAGAAAUAUUACCAUUAGCCAAUGAAAACUUAUUGAUAAAUGAUCCUGAAAUUGACCAAUGUACACUGGGGCUCUUCGGUUCUCUCAGCGCAGUAUACCAAGAAGACUUUGCACCGCAGCUUCCUUCAGUUCUUUCCCACAUUUCACGAGUUUUGCACUCCGAUGGCGAUGUGCAAGUGGAAGAGCCAGAAGACAGCAUUAACCUGAACAGUAGCGCUUCUGAAGAAGACGUCGAGACUUGGGAAGAUGCCGACAAUCCGCUGUUGUCUCUCAAUAAGGACUUAUACUUUGCGAAGGAAACAGCCCUCAAUGUUCUUAGCGCUUUUGCUCAGUAUCUUCCUCGCUCUUAUGCUCCUUAUCUCCACUCAACUUUAGACACUAUUUUGGAUUUUACCGGGUUUUCAUAUUGCGUUGACGUUCAAAAAGCCGCUUUUUCUACGCUUUGUCAAUAUCUGGAGUGUCUAUGCGUUGUACAUUUUGGAGAAGAGCCGCCCAUGCACACGUGGGUUGCUGGACUCCCGCUUUCUGGGGCGCUUCCUGAAGAUCUUCGGCAACUUUGCUAUAAAGUAAUGGACAAAAUUAUUCCCGCGCUUUCUUCUUCAAAAGACAUCCAGUUUGUGGCUGCUCUUCUCGACUGCUUAGCGGAUCCUUUGAGGGCUGUGGGUCCCGGUCUUUUAGAGCAUCACCUUGACACGUGGCUUCACUUCUUAUUGAGCGUCAUACGCGGAAAGGCCCCUUGUCAAGAUAUCGAACUUGAUGGUGAAUAUGAAAAUAAACUUUCCAUUGGAGAGUUUGAUUCUUUUUUAAUAGAAAAUGCUUGCGAGUUAAUUUCUGGAAGUGCUCAAGUCCUUGGGUCAUCCUUUUCCACGUACCUACCGCCUUUUAAAGAGGCACUAUUCAAAUUUUGCACCGAAAACUCUUCUACUGCAGAGCUAUCAACGGCUAUAGCAACAUUAGCUGAAAUCACUUUCGGUAUGAAAGAAUCUAUUGGCCCUCACGCUCCCGAGUUAUACAAUCUUUUUGUGUUUGGUCUCCACCAUUCCGACCCGGAUAUUCGAGUCAGCUCGAUCUACGGUCUCGGGGUGCUGACCCAAUACGGCGGCUCGGCAGUUCGAGCUAAAUUCUCUGAAGUUUUCUCUCUUCUCCUACCGCUUUUUUCUGAUCAUCAACUACCGAACAUACCCGAUAAUGUCUGCGCCGCUGUUUCGCGAAUGAUCUUAUCGGAUCCCACACUGCUCCCCUUGCGCGAACUUUUAGCUCCUCUCGUGUCUUCGCUGCCGUUGAAAAAAGACUUUGUGGAAAACGAGGUCGUCUAUAGCGCACUGCACUCCCUCUGCGCACAUGACAUUCCGGAGUUUUAUGAAUUCUCUGCAGCGUUAGUGCCUGUUUUUGCUCACAUUCUUAUGAAUAUUGAAACUGAAGUUAAAGUUUGUGAUAAUAAAGAAGCGCUGCUUAAUAAAAUCGCUAAUACAGCAAAAUCUUUAUAUAAGCGCUGUCCACAGUAUUGGCAGGCUCAUCUCCGCUCCUCACCAGAACUCGCGCCCUCAGAGGGCUACAAAGCUCCCUUUCUCCUGGUAACCAGUGAUAUACCGUCUAUGAAGGAGAACCACUUGCCUUACACUCAAACUUUCUAUGCUAGCAUUUAUCACUUAGUUAACGUUGGAAAUCUUUGUAGGCUUAAAACUAGGGCUAGUGUAGAAUAA